AUGGAGUAUUAUGAAUAUUAUCGUCGUUGGAUGUACGAUAGGACGUUUCCGGGAAGAACUGGACUAAAACCGCAAUUUGUCGAAGGAGUUGACGGAUUUAUUUCAUGGGCAUGGGAGCAAGAAAUCUGUAGAGAUGAGGGAGGAAUUAGAUGUCCGUGUCUAAAAUGUAGGUGCAGACAUAUAAUUACCGAUCCUGGAGAUGUGAAGAAACACCUAAAAAAAGUUGGUUUUAUGCCUAAUUAUUGGGUUUGGACAUAUAAUGGUGAAAUGUUUCAGAAUUUUGGGGCAGGGGUCAAUGCACAAGCUUCUACUAGCCAUGGUGGAACAAAUGUGGAAACAAAUGUGGAAUACAAUGAAGAUGUCAACACAGAUCAAUUCAACAUGAUGGAUGAUAUGGUUGCGGACGCUUUAGGGGUGGAAUUGUCUUACGGUGAAGAUGUUGAAGAUGAUGAAGAGGAACAACCCCCGAAUGAGAAGGCGCAAAGAUUUUACCGAUUGUUGAGUCAAAGUAAUACACCUUUGUAUGAAGGGUCUUCGCACUCUAAGCUAUCUAUGUGUGUGUGGCUUUUAUCUCAUAAGUCGAACUAUCUUAAUCCUGAUGAUGGUAUGGAUGAUAUUACGAAGAUGUUGAAGGCCGUUACUCCGUUCAAAGAUAAUCUGCCAAUGAAUUAUCAUGCUGCGAAGAGGUUGGUGAUGAAGUUGGGAUUAUCAGUUAAAAAGAUUGAUUGUUGUAGAAAUGGAUGCAUGUUGUUCUAUGACAAUGAGUUUGGGAUAAAUGAUGGACCAUUGGAGGAAUGUAAAUUUUGUCAAAGCCCGAGGUACGGUAUUAGCAAGCAGAAACGAGUUGCGGUUAAGUCAAUGUUUUACUUGCCGAUAAUACCAAGAUUACAAAGACUAUUUGCAUCGAUGAAAACUGCUAGUCAAAUGACGUGGCAUCAUUCAAAUGGAAUUCCCGGAGUGAUGCGACAUCCUUCUGACGGUGAAGCGUGGAAACACUUUGAUCGAGUACAUCCUGAUUUUGCAGCAGAUCCACGGAAUGUGAGACUUGGAUUAUGCUCUGACAGACCAGAUAACCCUAAAGCAGGCAUAGACGUGUUUCUACAACCGUUAAUUGAUGAUUUGAAGAGGUUGUGGGUUGGAGAAUUGACAUAUGAUAUUUCUAGAAAACAAAAUUUCAAGUUGAGAGCAGCUUUGAUGUGGACAAUUAAUGAUUUUCCCGCUUAUGGCAUGUUGUCCGGUUGGAGUACUCAUGGUAGAUUUGCAUGUCCACAUUGUAUGGAAAAUACAAAGGCAUUUACUUUGGAAAGUGGAGGGAAGAGUUCGUGGUUUGACUGUCAUCGUCCGUUCUUGCCUCAUAAUCACCCGUUUAAAAGACUUAAGAAUGGUUUCAAGAAGGAUGAGAGAGUUUUUGUUGGUCCUCCACCUAAGAUUACAUCAGAAGAAGUGUGGACAAGAGUUUGUGAUUAUCCAAAAGUCACUGAUUAUGGUCGAGCUGUCCCAAUACCAAGAUACGGAGUAGACCACCACUGGACUAAAAGGAGUAUAUUUUGGGACCUCCCAUAUUGGAAAGAUAACUUGCUCAGACAUAAUCUUGAUGUAAUGCACAUUGAGAAGAAUGUCUUUGACAACAUAUUUAACACAGUGAUGGAUGUCAAAGGCAAAACAAAAGACAAUGAGAAGGCUAGAAAAGACUUACAAAUAUAUUGCAAGAGAAAGGAUUUGGAGUUGAAACCUCAACCGAAUGGGAAAUUGUUGAAACCGAAAGCCAACUACAGCCUAUCUGCCCAAGAAGCGAAAUUAGUGUGUCAAUGGUUGAAGGAUUUGAGAAUGCCCGAUGGAUAUUCUUCUAACAUAGGCAGGUGUGCCGAUGUCAACACGGGAAGGUUGCAUGGGAUGAAAAGUCAUGACUCUCACAUUUUCAUGGAGAACUUUAUCCCAAUUGCAUUUAGUUCAUUGCCCAAACAUGUGCUAGAUCCACUUAUUGAGAUUAGUCAAUUUUUUAAAAAUUUGUGCGCUUCAACCUUGAGAGUUGAUGAACUUGAGAAAAUGGAGAAGAAUAUGCCAAUCAUUAUCUGUCAGUUGGAGCAAAUUUUUCCACCAGGUUUCUUUGACUCUAUGGAACAUCUUCCUGUGCAUCUGGCAUAUGAAGCUAUACUUGGCGGACCUGUUCAAUAUAGGUGGAUGUACCCUUUUGAAAGAUUCAUGGGUGACUCAAAACGAGCAGUUAAAAAUCUGGCCAAAGUGGAAGGAUCAAUUGUUGCUAUUUACACCGCCAAGGAAACCACAUACUUUAUCGGCCAUUAUUUCGUUGAUCGUCUACUUACUCCAUCAAAUACAAGAAAUGAAGUUCAGGUUAACGAUUUACGGGAUCCAUCAACCUUAUCCGUAUUCAAUCUUGAUGGUCGACACGCGGGCAAGGUGCUUCAAUAUUGGAUGGUAGAUCAGAAAGAGAUGCGGUCUGCUCAUGUUCAUGUUUUGAUUAAUUGUGCGGAAGUUAAACCAUACCUUGAGGAAUUUAUUGCUUUUUAUGCGGAGUUUGGUGAAGGAUCGACAGUUGGUUCGAUACAUGAAUAUUUUCCAGCUUGGUUUAAACAAAGAGUGUAUAAUGCCGAGCCAACUGAUGAAGUCAUCCGUUUACGGCAAUUAUCUCAGGGUCCUUUACAAUGUGCCAAUGAAUUUCACACCUACUUCGUGAAUGGAUAUAAAUUUCAUACCCACUCUUGGACGGAAGGCAAAAAGACUAUUAAUAGUGGUGUUUAUGUAAAAGGAGUUACAGAUGGAGGUGAAGAUGAUUUCUAUGGCGUGAUCAAACACAUUUAUGAGCUUUCAUAUAAUGACAAUAAAGUGGUGUUGUUUUAUUGUGACUGGUUUGAUCCCUCGCCUAGAUGGACUAAAAUUAAUAAAUUAUGCAACACUGUUGACAUUCGAGUCGACAAAAAAUAUAAAGAAUAUGACCCGUUUAUCAUGGCACAUAAUGUUAGGCAAGUGUACUAUGUUCCUUAUCCCCCAACUCUACCACGCAAACGGGGUUGGUCUGUUGCAAUCAAAACAAAACCGAGGGGCCGCAUCGAGACUGAAGAACGAAACGAAGAAGUUGCUUACCAAGCCGAUGAUAUGACACAUGUAAAUGAGAUAAUUGAAGUAGAUCAAGUUACAAGUUGGCAAGACUCUCAGGUUGAAGGGGAUCAGGUUGAUCCUUCUAUUUUGGAGAUGCGUAAUGAAGUUGAAGAUGAGAAUGAAGACGUUGUUGAUGAUAAUAAUGAAGGGGACCACCAAGACAAUCAAGUUGAUGAUGGUGAUGUAGAUGAAUAUAACUAUGCAUCUGAUAACAACACUUGA